GCAGUCGAUUAUUGGACGUUUCAGACACCGGAUCGGACUCCUGAGUUAAUUUUAAAAUGAUUUCUAAAACAUUGAUACUCUUUCUGAUGGCAUUUCUUUGUGCCGUCUUGCUGUGCGAAGCUAAGGAAUACCAAUUUUUGCCUGCGCGGUGCAGGGAUUUGCCUGGAAUCGAAAAGCAAAUAGGUGGCCCAAUGAGUCUGUGCAGUUUUCCACCCGGCUACCAGACACCAGACUCCGAGGAUAUACAGGCUGUCAUCAACCACAUUAAGACCCUGAAAUUAAAUUAAAAGACACCUUAUACCUAAAAUCGAUUAAAUCUAACAUUUAAAAAUCUUGGA